AUUUGAUUAAACGUCAUAUUUCAUGAACAAUUAAUCAACACACUGAAAUAUUUAUUUUCUAUUUAUUUUAUUGUUAAACUAUAUAUCUACCUACAAUGUGUAAAAACAAAUAAAUUGGAUUGAUCUGUGUAAAGCUUACUAUUUGACUAUUUCAUAUAUUUUAAUUAAAUACAAUGGAAGGGAAUGGUGCAGUAUUGUGUGACAAUCUAAUCAAUUGGCUACAAACGCUAAAUCUUAAGGCCAAACAUGGAAAUCCAAUGGAACUCUCAGAUGGAGUGGCAAUAGCUGAAGCUUUGACCCAGAUAGCCCCUGAAUAUUUCACUCCAUCAUGGAAUACAAAAAUAAAGACAGAUGUUGGAAACAACUGGAGACUAAAAGUUAGUAAUUUAAAGAAAAUAUUGGAGGGUGUUGUUGAUUACCAUCAAGACAUUUUGAAUUUGAGUCUUCAAGAAUUUCCAAGACCUGAUGUAGUCAACAUUGCUGAAACAGCCGACCCGUCUGACUUAAGAAGGUUGCUACAAUUAGUUUUAAGUUGUGCAGUAAACUGUAUUAAGAAGGAAGAGUACAUAACAAGAAUAAUGGAAAUGGAGUUAUCUUGUCAAAGAUCUAUAAUGCAAGCUAUACAGGAAUUGGAGACGUUGACUUUGGGAGCGAAUCGUGGGAGUUUGCAUUCAGAAGACAUAGGCAUUGAACAUUCCGAUGCUGAGAUGAGAGAAAUUUUGGCGCAAAGAUGCCAUGAGUUGGAUACACAGGUAAAAAUCCUUCAAGAGGAAAAGAUGACGCUUCUGAGCGAGGUGGCGCGGCUGACGGCGGCCCGAGACGCGGCGAGCGCGGCCGCCGACGACGUCGACCUCGACGACGGCGGCGAGUCCCUGGGGCCCGCCCACGCCGGCACCCUCCGCUACAGCAACAUGCGGGCCCAGCUCGACGCGCUCAAAGACGAACUGGACAAAGUCGAGCUGCAGAGGGACGAUCAGAGGGCACGAAGCGACGCCCUCGAAAGGGAGUUGGCCAUUUUAAAAUUACGCAACGAGGAGCUACAGAUUAGAAUGUCACUCACUCUAUCUCCUUCGAUGAUAGCGGCCCAAGAGAACGUGGCUCUGAAAGACGAAGUGGAUGCUUUGCGCGAGACGGCGGCGAAGGCGGUCGCGUUGGAGACCACAGUGGCAUCGUAUAAAAAGCGGAUGGAGGAAUAUGUUGAUUUAAAAAAACAGGUUAAGUUACUAGAGCACGCCAACACAGAGUACGUUCAACGCACCAUAGAGUACGAGCAGGCGGCCGCGCGAGCGAACGCAGUGCGGGUGCAACUCGAUAUUUACAAGAAACAGGUGACGGAUCUGAAUGAAAAAUUAGACGCGGAAAUAACGAAAGCCGAUAAAUUGGAGAUUGAAAACAAGAAGUUGAGUAGUCGCGCUGCCUCCCUGCAGAGGGAGAGGGACGCGCUCGUUGAGGAAAAGAGUAUGCUCCGUGAGACCGUCGACGAACUGCGGUGCUCCACGAUGACCACGGACGCAAGUAAAGACAAUGUCUCAAGGGAGCUAAUGCCGAAUGACGUCAAGGAGCGCUUGAUCAGGCUGGAGCACGAAAAUAAACUGCUGAGGCAGAACCAGAGUGCGCCGUUUGACGAGGCUCUAAUCGAGGACUACAGGGCUCGACUCGAGAAGCAACGCGCCGAGAACCGCGAGGCGAGCCAGCGGAUCAUGCAGCUCGAGGCCACGCUCGAAGCUCCUCAUCCUAGACUUGCCUCUGCCAUAGAGGACAACCAGAGAAAAUCUCUCCAAGUCGAAGAGCUCCAGAACGCUCUGAGCGAAGAGAGGCGUCGCUCCGCCAAGCUGCAGGAGGACGUCGCCGCACGAGACGCGGACCUGCUGGCGCUCGAGGACAAGUACAAGAAGUACGUCGAGAAGGCCAAGGAAGUCAUCAGGACUCUCGACCCGAAAACUACAGGUCAACAGUCAAUAUCUGAUCCGACACAAGGUAACGCCGGCGCCGCUAAUGCGUCACGGCCGGACCCCACGGCCACAAACAACAAUAGACACGAGUGGGGCGGCAGCGGCGCGGAGACGGCCCGCGACAGCGAGCAGCGCCUCGUGACGUCGGCCUGGUACCAGCUGGGCGCGCGCUGCCACCGCGACGCCGUCGAGACCAGGCUGGCGCUGCUGUCCGCGGGCCACUCCUUCCUGGACCGGCAACGCAGACAGCCGCCGCGCAGACACCCGCGCGCGCCGCCGCUCAAGAAGUCUGCACAAUGACGUCACUAGAUCCUCAUCGUUCACACGAUCGAACAAACUUCGAACCUACGGCAAUAAACUAACAAAAUUGACCUACUUUAGAAGAAUUGAUAGUUUUUAGCGAUCAUAUAUCGAAAGAUCAAUCAGGCGGAAACUAAAAAGACUUCCGCGCGCGCCCCCCCUCAAAAAGUCUGCACAAUGACGUCAUUAGAUCCUCAACGUUCACGCGAUCGGCCAGACUUCGAACCUACGGCAAUAAACUAACAAAAUUGACCCAUUUUAGAAGAGUUGAUGGUUUUUAGCCAUCAUAUAUCGAAAAGAUUUAUCAGGCGGAGAAUAAAAAUACUUCCGCGCGGGCCCCCCUCAAGUAGUCUGCACAAUUACGUCAUUAGAUACUCAUCGUUCACACGAUCGACCAGACUUCGGACUUACAGCAAUACAAUGUGAGAAUUUCGUGGAUAUAUAAUUCAAGAUAAAAAGUAACAGAUAUAAAUUAAGCAAAGGCAGUGCCUUUGUUUGUGACCUUGGUAAUCCAUGGACAACAGUAACCUUUUUAAGAUCUGUUUUGGAUGUCAAUAAAAAAGAUGUCCUCUUAAGAUCUUUCGUCCAUAACUGGAUCGGGUCGUGUGUAAUAUUCUGUACGAGGUUCUCUUUCCCUGACGAGGUUUGUCCCAGUGUUCGUUACAAAAAAAUUAUAUAUAAUUAAAAUUUAAAAUAAUGACAUGGUUUUAUCGAUCGAAGAUUCCUCUAUUUUUGUACAAAAAGUAACGUAAGAAUGUUAGUUAAGAUCCCACCUUUUUGUGCCGACGUGUCUUUUAACUAUACGCAAAUUUCUGUACAAACGAUUUUCAAAGUGUCAAUUCCUAUUAAUGUAAGAGACCUCUUCAGAACUCUUUGAAAUGAGUAAUUGUACGUUCAUAAUUUACGAACGUGCAUAACAAUAUAAUAUUUAAUGUAAAGUAAAUAAGCACCCAAAUUGCUUGUAAGAAAUAAAAUGAUAUAUGUAUUAAUAGAAAUUGGACCUUAACGUAAUUCUGUCUUUCCGUCCUAAAACAAUAAAAUAAAAGUUGACUUUAACAUGCGCCAUCUUAAAAUAAUUAAAAGAAAUUUGGAUGUUUUCCACAUAUUUUCUUUUUAAUUUGGGUGCCUCACUGUUAUUCUAACUAGCUAAUAUUGAUUUUUAAUCAUAACAAUAAUACUACAAAGACAUAGAUUUAAGUGCUCUUUUUUUCGAUGAUUUCUUUAAAAUGGAAAACAUUUAAAAUCGCAUUAUGCAAGUGCGCAAUAUGAUUUUGAAAUGUUAUUUAAUUUGGCAUAAGAGAAACGGAGAAAUGAUUUAAUCACAAUGUAGUGUUGUUCAAUUUAAAAUAUAGGUAUUUACUAAUAAUAUUAUAACUUUUUUUGUUGCAUUUGUUCCAUUAAGCUUUUUCUAUAUAUAUUAAUACAUUAUAGUUAACAUACUAAGAUUAGAACAAAUUAUCUUGAAAUGUAAAAAUUGUAAUGUUAAAACUUUCUCUAUCAUUUACCACCAUUACGGAACACAGCAGUAAAAUCGACCAUGCUGGUUCCAUAUCGAUAGUUAAUUAAUGCAAAGGAGAUUAUUUGUUUAAUUAUAAUGAUGAUAUAUUAUUGAUCUGAAAUUGCUUCAAUUAUUUUGUUACAUUUCUGUAUUUAUUUUUGUUUAAUUUCAUUAAGUCCAUAGUAUACAGGGUGUUUAGGAAUGGUUCUUGAAUACGAUAAUAGAUGGCACCAUUGAUGAUUCUUGGUAACGAAAACACUGAAGGAAUCGUAAUUAAAACAAUAUGUUGAUGCGUCGACCUCAUUUCUCACGGUGGAUGACGGUUUUAACAUUGUGAUGUCCGGGUGAAUAAUGAGUUCAUUCACCUAUCUCUAAUAAAAGAAAAUUAUUAAUGACUGAACUACUGCGCUUAAAACUUAAUUUUUAAUUUUACACCCUGUAUAUAUGUUUUGUGUAUAUCGCGGCCAAGGAAGCAAAGGUUUGGAUAUGGUUUUUCAAAAAUCACUCAAGUACGUAUGUAUAGUUUUUUUAUUCUAAUAUAAUUUUAUUGCAUAUAUGCGUGUAUGAGCUCAUAGCCCCUGGUAUUAAGUGGUUAUCGGAAUCCCAAAGAUAUCACAAUGUGAAUGCCGCCACCCACCUUGAGACAUGAGGUCUAAGUGUCAAAACUGUAUAUAAAAUGUUGCAAUAAGAAACCCAUAAUACAUUAAAUCCAAUAAAAUUUUAAAUGUACAAAUUGAAAAAGUAAUCUAAUCUCGAGUUGUUUAAUUACAUAUUGGUCUUCCUAUAAAAUGUACACAUUGUAAUGAUUGAACAUGUGAUAAGUAGUUUGUUGCUAUAAUUUUGAUGCUCAAGUUUUUUUUUUCUUCUGUAUUCCUUCUUUCGCUUCGUUAUUUUAGUUGGUAAGAUAACACAGAACAAAGGAGAUAAUAUUAUGAUUUUCGUGAAAAUAAUAAUAUUAAAUUUAUAUACAGUAUUGUUUUUUAUAUAGUUUAUGAUAGUAAAUACAUAUAACAAAAGAUUUAUUGUUUGUUGAAUUAUAUUACAUAUAUUAUGCUACGAAUACAAACUUAUUCUUUUAUUCACAAUCUAUGAUUAAGAAAACUGAGUCACAAAUCACAACCGCGCUUUCUUUCGCUAGAGAAGAUAAUUAUUUCGAUUACAAAUGUCAUAAGUUAAUUUUACAUUGAUUGUGGUUGAUGAGGUUAUAAAAAUUAAUCUUUGUUUUCCAAUUAUUAUCACGUAAAAAAGUGUGUGUGUCCGCUCCGACGCACGACUGGAGUUUACUGGAUAUAAAAAAUUAAACGAAACAAUACGAGAAAUAGUUCUAUAUUACGACAACACGAUACACUACAGAUUAUUAACAAAUUAACGAGACACAAAACAAACGACUAACAAAUAUAUGAAAAUACAAUAAUGAGAGAAACGCGCGAUCAGUACGAGGCUUUGUGGCGGACUGCCGGCGCAGCAGCCCGGCGUCACCUGCGAUAACGCAUUUCGUGUGACAUGCGCAAUCAGGCGCAUAACGCAUUUAGUGUGACAUGCUAUUACGAUUUUGGUCCCCAUAAUUUUCAUACCCCGGGCCUAUAUAUGUAAAUCGAUUCUAAAGGAGUAAACUCCAAUAAAAUCUUAUCGUUCUUAGAAGAUAUUAUUAUAUUAUAUCAAAAAACAUAUUAUUUUUGAUAAUAAUAAUAAUAACGCAGAUUCGAUUUUAUUUCUCUUUCUUUACGGUUAGAUUUCUAAAGCGGAUAUAGGCUUAGUACUGUAUUCGUUCAAUUCACUAUACGUCGAGUGAUUGACAAAUGCAGCUCUUCGGCUUGGAGUCCGUUUCGACUCCUGCUGAUUCAUUUCUUAUAAAACCUUUUUUUUUGUCAAAGUAGCCCUUAAAUAUCUCUUGGGAUACCUAAAAAUUAAGAUAGAGUACUUUAGUCACCUUUAUCAAUCUAGUAAAAUGAAGACCGCGAAAAUAGCAUGAGUAUAUUUCAAAUGGGGCCUUAACUCUAAGAAAGAGCUCUCGGAGCUCGGAGCUAUGAAUUCGCUUAAUAAAUCUCAGACGCAACUGCGCGUUAUAAUUUAUGAUUUUUACAGGCAUUUAUAUGCUGUUUCGAAAAAUAAAUUUUACAGCGUUAUUUCUCUUUUAUUGCGUUCAUUUAAAAAUUUCUUACGAAUGCUAGCUAAGAGACAAGUUAUAAAUCCCUCUGGUAUUAAUUAUUAGUUGUGCUUUCGUGCGUAAUAUAAUCUUAACAACGCACUAACUUUGCUUUGAAGACCACAUUAUAAUUACAGUAGGAGAGAUGAGAUAAACUUGAAAAUUCAUCAUAAUUUUUUUUAGUUAUAAUAAUGACAUGAAAAAAAAUUACAUAAAGUAUUGGCUCCAUAAUAUGAUUAUAUGACGUCUUGCGUUUUCCAGCUAUAACAUUGGACGUAUCUUUCACCUAUUGUUAUAUUAUAUAUUCUGCCAAAUGGCGUUAAAACAAUUAUGUCUUUGCUUUUUAUUUAUUUAUUUUUAUUGCAUUGAUGGGUGUACGAGCUCACAGCUCACCUGAUAUUAAGUGGUUACCGGAGCCCAUAGACAUCUAUAACGUAAAUGCCACCAUCCACCUUGAGAUAUGAGUUCUAAGGUCUCAGUAUAGCUACAACGGCUGCCCCACCCUUCAAACCGAAACGCAUUACUGCUUCACGGCUGAAAUAGGGUGGUGGUGGUAUCUACCCGUGCGGAUUCACAAGAGCUCCUACCACCAGUAAUUACGCAAAUUAUAAUUUUGUGGGUUUGAUUUUUUUACACGGUGUUAUUCCUUCACCAUGGAAGUAAUUGGUCCGUGGCUUUCAAUAUUUUUGGCGGGAAUUUCAAAAUCAUUAAACACCUAACUAUAAAAUUACGACUCAAUAAUUUUCUCAUAUGAAGUUUCGUCUCAAUCAAAAACUUUUUUUUCCAAAAGUAUGUAUAGUCUAUCUGUGAACUAUGUUGUGAAUCAAAACUUUAAUCACGAAAAUUAGGAAGAAUAAGAUCGAUCAUUGACUAUGGAAGUGUUUCGCUGAAUUUAGGGUCAUUAUAAUUUUUUUAAAGUUCUUUAAUUACGGACCGUUUUGUGGAUGUCGUUAUUUUCUACCAUGUAAUUUUAAGUAUGCAAAAAUGAAGUUUCCGUAUUGUACUUAUCAUCCAAGCUGCCGAGCGUUUGCAAGGAGAUAAAUCCUUGAGUCCCUGAUUGCCAAUGAUCAACACUAUUACCUAUACGAAUGACACUGUUGCGUCGUUGAAAUGAUAGUGAAAAUGAAACUCAAAUGUGUUAACUAUUUGUGUUACAAUAAUUAUAAAAGUUUAACAAAUUUCGUUUGUAUUUUGAGUAAAUACAUAUUUAUGUUAGUAUUAGUUUUAACAUGUGAUUAAUUAGAUUGUUAUAUAGACAAUAUUGAGUUUUGAAAUAAUAUAUGGAUUUUCAUGAUUA